AGACUGCGGGGUGCUCGCCUCCACCGCAGCACUCUCCCGGGUCAGUAUCAUCCCAGCUGAAGGAAAGGAGAGAGAUCAUGGCUUCAAUCUGGGUUGGACACCGAGGGACAGUAAGAGAUUAUCCAGGCUUUAGCCCAUCAGUGGAUGCUGAAGCGAUCCGUAAGGCAAUCAGAGGAAUCGGAACUGAUGAGAAAACGGUCAUCAGCGUUCUGACAGAGAGGUCCAAUGCACAGCGGCAGCUGAUUGCGAAGGAAUAUCAGGCAGCCUACGAGAAGGAACUGAAAGACGACCUGAAAGGUGACCUCUCUGGCCACUUUGAACAUCUCAUGGUGGCUCUUGUGACUCCCCCAGCAGUGUUUGAUGCAAAGCAGCUAAAGAAGUCCAUGAAGGGCACUGGAACAGAUGAAGAUACCUUGAUUGAAAUCUUAACUACCAGAACAAGCAGGCAAAUGAAGGAGGUCUCGCAAGCCUAUUACACAAUUUAUAAGAAGAGUCUCGGAGAUGCCAUCAGUUCUGAAACAUCUGGUGACUUCCGGAAAGCUCUGCUGACUUUGACAGAUGGCAGAAGAGAUGAAAGUCCGAAAGUGGAUGAACAUCUGGCCAAAAAAGAUGCUCAGAUUCUCUAUAAUGCCGGCGAGAACAAAUGGGGCACGGAUGAAGAUAAAUUCACCGAGAUCCUGUGCUUACGGAGCUUUCCACAGCUGAAACUAACAUUUGAUGAAUACAGAAAUAUUAGCCAGAAGGACAUUGAGGACAGCAUUAAAGGAGAAUUAUCGGGGCAUUUUGAAGACUUGCUGCUGGCCAUAGUUCACUGUGUGAGGAACACGCCUGCCUUUCUAGCUCAGAGACUGUACCGUGCUUUGAAGGGUGCUGGAACUGAUGAGUUUACUCUAAACCGAAUAAUGGUUUCCAGAUCAGAAAUUGACCUUUUGGACAUUCGCUAUGAGUUCAAGAAGCACUGUGGCUAUUCCCUAUAUUCCGCCAUCAAAUCCGAUACUUCUGGAGACUAUGAAAGCGCACUCCUAAAGAUCUGCGGAGGAGAUGACUGAGUCAGGCUUGUCGCCCAAGCGUACCUGCUCUCACUGAGGUCUUCCCCAACAGUUCUGCUUUCUUCUUUCCUGUGGUGUUUAAAGUACACUCAAGUGUAAGACAGCAACUUCUUUGCCUCACAGUAAUUGUAUUUGUUCCAUAGAACAACAACAAAAAAAGUAAUUAUUUAAAGCAACUCAUUCAUGAUGUACCUUAUAAAUGAAAUGUUAAAUGGCAUUAAGAGUUUGUGGCUGGCCAGAUAGCUCAGCAGACUAAGGCAGGCAUAGGGA